AACAGAUAACGGCCUUCGACGGCACCGCUCACGGAAUGGGCACUCAUUUAAGCCGACGACCCUUCCGAAACGAUCGUUAUUCCUGGCGCUAGUUUCGGUGUGAUCACAACGACGACGAAGACGUCGACAAGUCUGUAGAAAGUCGGAGACAAUUAUUGUAAUAUCGGUGGUUCGAUCAGCAGUUGUGAUAGGAGUGAUAAUAAACUAGUUAAUCGAUAUAGUGAUCAAUACACGGUCAGUUGCAGAAACAGGCACGAUACGGUGCGAGUAGAAGAAUCAUACGUCGUAAACUUGUAAAGUUCGACUCUGCAUCAUGCGCUCUCCACGAGACAUCUUCACAUUCUACGAUCCCGCCACGAAGAUAUGGCGAGGCAACAACAAGCCACCCCUCUACAAUCCGAACCAAUCGCUGGGCGCCUUCUUACUAUCCGUGCUGAACCGCAGUCCCCGCCAGAUAGCGCAGAUUAGCGCCGACACCGGCGUUCGACUGACCUGCGCAGAAAUCCGCCUCCGAACGAUCCGCGUAGCACAGAACCUCACGCGGAUGGGUUACGGACAGGGGAACAUAUUCUCCAUGGCCAUCCGAAACGAGGAAAACGCAGCCCCGGUGCUAUUUGCAUGCUUCGCACUGGGAAUCCCGGUUAACACUCUGGACGCUUCCUUCGAACGCGACGAUCUAAGUCACAUGCUCAACCUGAUACGAUCCCAGGUGGUAUUCUGCGAUCGGGACACGUGGCCCGAAAUGAAGGUUGCGCUGGAAAUGACCAAGAACGAUGCGGUGGUGUUCAUCUUUGGAGAAGGCGGCGUCGAAGGUUGCAGACACGUCAACGAUCUACUGGUGGAAACGGGAACUGAGGAUCAGUUUGUACCGGAGCACUUUGAGGACGCAUCCACCCGAAUGGCCAUGAUCCUAUGUUCAUCCGGUACAACUGGUAAGCCCAAAGGAGUCUGCCUAUCGCACUCGAAUUGCAUUGCCAACGUGACCAACCUCUCGCAAAACUACUCCUCGGACGUGAUGCUGUGCUUCAGUUCGCUCUAUUGGCUGUCCGGGAUGUUCUUCCUUCUGAUUGGAACCACAAUCGGAGCAACACGGAUCAUAACCCGGGAUGUUUUCGAUCCGGCUCUCGCAUUGGAAAUCAUUCAGAAGUUCAAGGUUACUGUGGCCUUCUUUCCACCAGCUGCGGCACUAGAACUUCUGAAGCACCCGCAAGCUCCCAAUACAGACUUUUCCAGCAUUCGAUUGCUAUUCAGUGGAGGAUCGGCAGUUUCGGCGGAGCUCAAAUACGCACUAGACAAGAUGAUACCGCACAAUAGCAGCCGCGUUGGUUACGGAUUAUCGGAAAUAGGAGGCAUUGCCACCUUCAGCGACGCGGACAUCUACAAAGCUGGCACCGCUGGAUACUUGAGACCUCUGAUCCAAGCCAAGAUCGUCGAUUUGAACGGGGAGGCAUUGGACAUCGGUCAACAGGGAGAGAUCCUUCUGAAGCCCGUCUACAGGUUUCUGGGCUACUAUGGAAACGAUGAAGCUACGGCGGAGAUGGUGGACGUGGAAGGUUGGCUGCACACCGGAGAUAUUGGUCGGUUCGAUGAGGACGGUUUGCUGUACGUUGUUGAUCGCAAGAAGGACAUCAUCAAGUACGGCAACUACCAGAUAUCCCCGAGUGAGCUGGAGGGCGUUAUUCAAUCAGUACCGGGAGUGCUGAAUGUGUGCGUGGCCGGAAUUCCGGUUCCGGGAAACGACCUACCCGCUGCACUGGUGGUGAAAUGCGCGGAAACAGACGUCAGUGCUGAGGAAAUCCAUAGGGUGAUAAGCAAUAACCUAGGCAGCUACAAGCAACUCCGUGGAGGGGUCUAUUUCACCAAGGAGCUUCCCAUGACGCCCUCCGGAAAAGUUCUUCGAAGGCAGUGUAGGGAUAUUUUAAUCGAACGAUAUAACAACAGCAGCAAAUAGGACAAUGUGUUUAACACUUGUGUUCAGUUAAGAUUUUAUGUGGUUCCAAGCCGAUUUUUUUUUAACAUUAGACUAUUCUGCAUGUUAACUAAUUUCUAUAAGAAAUAAAAAUUGUGUUUGCCAUAAUAUCUACAUUA